UGAAAACAACAACAAUACUUCACAAUCUGUUUCUGUUUUGGUUAAUUUUUCAUAAAAUAACAAAAAAACAUCAUUCUGAAGUUUGUUAUUUGGCAGUAAAUAUUUAUAUACAAGUACUACACAAUGUGCUAUGUAAUAAUAACUGGUCGCAGUUUGGCUUGGUUACUAAUAAGCUUAGCAGCUUUAAUGCUAAUAAUUACCGGUAUUGUGACUCCUAAAUGGCUUUUAGGCCAGCCUAUAAUCACCAACGAAAAUAAUAUUACUGAAUUUUUUGUACCCACUGUAGGGCUUUCCAAUCGAUGCAUCCGAAAGGCCCAAGAUGGUAACAGUUGCACUCCAUUCUCCUUUUAUGGACUAACAACAGACUCAACUAUCUAUCCAACUCCUUGGAAGGCUGCAAUGUUCUUUUUAUCAUUAAGUGCUGCAAUACAAUUCUCAACUGUAUUGGCUGGUAUCUUUGCUUGUUGUGUGCAGUCUGUCUUUAAGAAAAGUGUCAUAUCUCUUGCAGGAGCCACUCAAUCUCUAGGAGGUUUAUUUGGUGUAGUAGGACUACUGCUGUAUCCUUGGGGUUGGGGAUCACAAAAAGUUAAAAGACUGUGCGGUGAAAAUUCUGAACCUUAUUUACCUGGCGACUGUUCCCUUGGCUGGGCGUUCUUCGUGGCAGCUACUGGAGUAGCUCAAAUAUUUCUUGCGAGUGCAUUAUCUAAGUCAGCGGACAAGGCUGCCAAUUCUGACAAAGUUCAGUUCCAAAUGGAUGACGGCAAACAACUCAUUUGUAUCGCUUAAAGGCAUAUGUACAGUUGGGGACGUUUAUUUCCUAUCCAUGUGACAGAGACAUGUGCAAUUACAACUCUUAUUACAAUUUUAAUAUAUUUGAUUCUAAUUGGGUAGUGAAUCUUUAACUGUACAUCUCUGUUUUGUGGAUAAACAUGCUUUAUUUUACGCGCAUUAUUGUUUUUUAUAAAGUAUUUUAGUCAUUUAUUUUAAA